GAUCAUUUAAUGAAGGUCUAUGGAAAUCAGAUAAUGCAAGCUGUUGUCUUUAUCCUGGAGGGAGAUCAUGUGGUGGAAAUUAAGGAACAGACUUUGUGUAUCUUAACCAAUGUGGCAGAUGGUGAUGAUGCAAAGGAAUACAUCAUGGGAAAUGAAGAUGUUCUAAAGAAACUCAUGACAUAUAUGGUUCAUACCAAUGUAAAGUUACAGAUAGCAGCUACUUCUUGUAUCUCUAAUCUGGUGUGGAAUGAACAAGAAGGAGCAUACAGCAGACAAGCCAAACUUCGAGAUUUAGGAAUACAGAAACUGUUACAACAACUUCUCAGUGCUAAUGAUUCUACCCUGUUUGAUAAGGUGAAAUCAGCACUGCAACAGUUUACCUGAAAGAGAACAUACAUUGUCAAUGGAUAAAUUAUGGCCAGACAUUGUCUUUCACAUGGAAUUACAGAGAAAGAACUACAUGUACUCUCUUAUGGAUAAGAGUUCAGACAUCUGAAAACUUGCUUGUGCAUGCUUUAUUUUCAGUAAAACCCAUUCCAAUGUGUUCUUCAAAUUUUUGGAAUGAAGAAAAAAAUCUUGAUUUCAAGUGCAAGUGGACAUUUUACUAAAGAGCAUGCAAAUAAUUGGUUUGAGAACUUACAGUCAUGGAAAUAGAUUGGAAAACAAUCAAA